GCACAUUGGGUGCCAUGCCAAAAGAUCUCAGCCGGCAUUUGGAAACAAAAGACAUUGACAAAAUCACGAUCUGCCAACUGCAAAAAGCCACCCUACUGGGAUCUGCGCGCAUCAUCCGAAAAUACAUCACACAGUCCUAGACACUUGGGAAGUGUUCGAGUUGUGGUUUUGUGAUAUGAAAUCCAGCAUAUCGAUCUUGUUUGCGGUGUCAUACAUUGUUGUGUCAAUAAUAAUAAUAAUAAUAAUCUGCCUAGAAGAUCAGGUGGCAGAGGACUCUUACAAGUCAAACAAGCAAUCAAAGAAGAAGAACAUGCCCUGGCAGAAGAUGGAAAGCAAAGUGAAGAAGUCAAAAAUCAGAAACUCCUCAAAGCACAGCAGACAAAAAAAACCAGUACAAGAAAACCGCACUACAAACUAGAGCUGACAGCUGAUUUUGUGAUACGAAAUCCCGCAUAUCUAUCUUGUUUGCUGUGUCGUCAUAAUAAUAAUAGUAAUAAUAAUAAUAGGAGGAGACGAGGGAGGAGGCAGGUUGCAGGCCGUGCCUCCCUGUCUCUGUCCCCGGGAGGCCUCGGGGGCCACGUCCGGGGGUCUCCUCAGGCACCGGCAUGGCCAGGGGUCCCUGGGGUCUCCUCCUUCCCGUGAGGAUGCUGCUGAGCAUGGGAGGGGGCGUGGCUUCCCCUUCCCGGCCUCCCAUUGGCCGGCUGGGAUACAGGGCUGGCCGAGGCCCGGCUGAUGCUGCAUCUUCCUCCUCCUCCUCCUCCUCCUCCUGCUGCGGCUGCUGCCAUGGGGGCCCUUUUUGGGGAUCGGGGCCGGCGGAGGGAGAAGAGGGCAAGCGCAGGAGACGGAGGAGCAGAUGCGCACGGGGUCUGGCCGCAGAUAUAAGAAGAAGAGCCAAGGGAUGAAGAAACAGGCCACCCUGACGGAGGCCCCACGAGGAGGAGGAGGAGGAGGAGGAGGAGGAAGGGCCAUCAGCAAGGUGGCCCAGUAUGUGGGGUCCUUUGUGGUGGAAGAAGCCGAACUCCAGCAGAAGGCCCAGGCCGUCCAUGAGCAGCUCCAGAAGCUCAAGGACUGUCCCAGGAGGAGGCCGGUGGCCCUCAAGUUCUGCCUGCAGGGACUCAAGAUGUACAGCGCGGAAAAGGAGGUCCUGCUCAUGGCGCAUGCCCUGAGGCGCAUCUUCUUCAGCACCUGCCGCCCGGCCCACGGCCAGUUCGCCUUUGUCUCCCGCAACCCGCGCAGCCCCCGGCUCUUCUGCCACGUGUUUGUGGGCAGCCAGCCCUGCGAGGUCCAGGCGCUGCACUUGCUGCUCUGCCGCUGCUUCCAGCUGUGCUUCCUGCGGCGGCACCCGGAGGCCCAGGCCUGGCCCCCCGCCCACGAGGCCGCCCCCGAGGUGCUGUGGGAGUCCCUGGACCCGGAGCAGGUCUCCCAGAACGUCAACGCCCUCGUCUCCUUCCAGAGGAUGCUCGGCCCCACUGGCUUCGCCUCCUCCGUCAGCGUGAGCGAGCGCCUGGACCUGGAGGGCCAGGGCCGAGUGGGGGGGCCUGGCCCUGGGAACCCCUAUUGCUCCCCGAUCCUGGUGCGCAAGAAGGCCAUCCGCAGCAAGAUCCUUCGCUCCGGCGCCUACCGGGGCUGCACCUUCGACGCCCCCUUCCAGCCCUGCGCCCAGGAGACCCUUUGCCUCACCGGCCGCGACAACAAAGGGGGCAGCAGCGCCGCGCUGGGUUUGCCGGAAGACGAGAGCUCCCUGAUGGAGGACGUCUGGUCGUUCGCCGGCAUCGACAGGGAGGCCGGCAUGGCGCUGCUCCGGAGGGACGUCCUGGGCGCCUUCCUCCUUUGGGCCGAGCCGGGCUCCUCUGACCAGUGGCGGCUCUCGGUGCGCACGCGCUGCGGGGUCAUCCCUUACCAGAUGUACCGGAGCCAGGUCGGGUCGUUCUCGGUGGAGCACCUGAACGUGGCGUUUCCCAGCAUGGAGGCCCUUCUGGAGCACUACACCGGCACCCAGGGCGGCCUCUUCUGCUCCUUGGAGUCUGGCCGGGUCAACCACUGCUACCAGGAAGACGACCAGGAGGAGGAGGAGGAGGCGGCGGUGGCGGUCAUCCCGCGGCUGGGCCGGGGCCGGCGCAAGGCCUCCUGGCUGCAGGCGGGCAGCAAGUCCCUGGCCGUGGGGCCAUAGGAGCAGGAGGAGGAAGAAAAAGGAGAAGGAGGAAGAGAAGCACAAGGAGAAGGAGAACAAGGAGGAGGAGAAGGGGAACGGCUCCCUAAGGCACUGCAAUUCCUCACCUCCACGCUUUAUAUGAUGUAAGAAUGAUGGGGGCUGAAGUCCAGCCACAUAGGCUGCGGCCCCCAUCCUCACCACUGCCGCUCUUUGCACCUCAAACCCUUUCACGUCCUUCUAGAAAUUCAGGGAUUUGCCCAUAUGUAUAUACAGUAGAGUCUUGUUUAUCCAACAUAAACGGGCCGGCAGAACGUUGGAUAAGCGAAAAUGUUGGAUAAUAAGGAGGGAUUAAGGAGCGGCGUGAGCGACUGCUGUUAGCUCCAGCUCCUGUCAACCUAUUUAUUUAUUUAUUACAUGACUUCUACCCCGCCCUUCUCACCCAUCAGGGGACUCAGGGCGGCUUACAAUAUAAACAUACACAUCAAAAACCAGUUUUCAUCAAAUUUAAAAAUCCAUCAAGAUUAAAAAUUACAAUAAAAUUAAGAACCUAGCAGUUCAAAAACAUGCCAAUGUGAGUAGAUCAAUAGGUACCGCUCAGGCGGGAAGGUAACGGCGCUCCAUGCAGUCAUGCCAGUGGCCACAUGACCUUGGAGGUGUCUACGGACAACGCCGGCUCUUCGGCUUAGAAAUGGAGAUGAGCACCAACCCCCAGAGUGUGAGUAGAUCAAUAGGUACUGCUCCGGCGGGAAGGUAACGGCACUCCAUGCAGUCAUGCCAGUGGCCACAUGACCUUGGAGGUGUCUACAGACAACGCCGGCUCUUCGGCCUAGAAAUGGAGAUGAGCACCCACCCCCAGAGUGUGAGUAGAUCAAUAGGUACUGCUCCGGCGGGAAGGUAACGGCGCUCCAUGCAGUCAUGCCAGUGGCCACAUGACCUUGGAGGUGUCUACGGACAACGCCGGCUCUUCGGCCUAGAAAUGGAGAUGAGCACCCACCCCCAGAGUGUGAGUAGAUCAAUAGGUACUGCUCCGGCGGGAAGGUAACGGCACUCCAUGCAGUCAUGCCAGUGGCCACAUGACCUUGGAGGUGUCUACAGACAACGCCGGCUCUUUGGCUUAGAAAUGGAGAUGAGCACCAACCCCCAGAGUGUGAGUAGAUCAAUAGGUACUGCUCCGGCGGUAAGGUAACGGUGCUCCAUGCAGUCCUGCCAGUGGCCACAUGACCUUGGAGGUGUCUAUGGACAACGCCGGCUCUUUGGCUUAGAAAUGGAGAUGAGCACCAACCCCCAGAGUGUGAGUAGAUCAAUAGGUACUGCUCCGGCGGUAGAUGCAGUCAUGCCUGUGGCCACAUGACCUUGGAGGUGUCUACGGACAACGCCGGCUCUUCGGCUUAGAAAUGGAGAUGAGCACCAACCCCCAGAGUGUGAGUAGAUCAAUAGGUACUGCUCCGGCGGGAAGGUAACGGCGCUCCAUGCAGUCAUGCCUUUGGCCACAUGACCUUGGAGGUGUCUUUGGACAACGCCGGCUCUUCGGUUUAGAAAUUGAGAUGAGCACCAACCCCCAGAGUCAGACAUGACUGGACUUAACAUCAGGUAAACCUUUACCUUUACUUAAGGAACAGUCUAUUAAACGUCAAAUUACGUUACGGUUUUAGAAAUUAAGCACCAAAACAUCAUGUUUUACAACAACUCGACAGGAAAAGCAGUUCAACACACGGUAACGUUAUGUACUAAUGACCGUAUUUACGAAUGUAGCACCAAAACAUCGCAAUGUAUUGAAAACAUUGACUACAAAAACAUUGACUCCUAAAAAAACUGACUACAAAUAAAGAUAGAAUUGCAUAAAAUGAACUUACCAUAACAACAUUGCUGGAAGUUAAAUCCGUAAAAACAGCCAUGGAUCCGGGUGGGAGGCAGUCUGCGUUGGAUAAUCCAAAACGUUGGAGAAGCAAAGGUUGGAUAAAGGAGACUCUACUGUAUUUAAAAGAAAAACCCCAAAGAGAGACUGAAGCUUUGCUGACAUUGUGACUUAGCUUUGGCUUUUACAUUUGCUGUUAUUUUACUGUUAAUAUUUAUGACAAUAUCAUCAGAGAAAUACAUGAGGAGGAGAGGCGGGCAAGAAAUAACAUUAUUAUUAUUAUUAUUAUUAUUAUAUAUUUAUUGUUGGAAAGCGCAUUCUAAGUGCCAGUCUGGGAGAGGCCAAACGAGGAUUAUUAUUAUUAUUAUUAUUAUUAUUAUUGGCAUUGUGUCUAUAAGAUUCCUGGCUUCUAAUCUCUGCCUGUUCUUCAUUUAUUUGCAUUAUUAUUAUUAUUAUGUUUAUAUAUACCCAGCGUCUUCUCUCCACAAAGCAGACGUUAAGGGGGCUUUUAUCUGGUUUUAUCGAUGGUAAAUAUAUAUAUAUAUAUUUUGAAUGUCUAUGGUGAAAAUAUAUAUUUUAAACCUUUC